AUGUCUGAAUCGAAUUUUAAAAGUCUAGAAGCCACUCUAAACAAACAUAUUCCUCCGGAAGAGCUACGUGAAGUGAAGCGAGUGCUGUACGGAAGGCCAGACGACAAUGAGCUACAAUUUACCGAGGAAACUAUUUCACUGGCCAAAGAUGUUGACAUCGAGCUGAAAGGUUACGUUUUUGGAGCGCGGAAGGAGGAUCUACGGCGGCCGAGAAUUGUGCGGGUGGCAGCAGUACAAAACACGGUAGACAUUCCGACCACGGCACCGAUUCAUGUACAGCGCGAUGCGUUGCAUGAGAAGAUUUCGAACAUUCUGCGUGUCGCCGUCACUGCCGGAGUCAACAUCGUAUGCCUUCAGGAAGCAUGGACCAUGCCAUUUGCAUUUUGCACGCGCGAAAAGUUUCCCUGGUGCGAAUUUGCCGAAGAUGUAGAAAAUGGACCAACCACCAAGAUGUUGAAAGAGUUAGCCAAACAGUACAACAUGGUGAUCAUUUCGCCCAUCCUGGAACGUGAUGCAAAUCAUCACGAUACGAUUUGGAACACGGCAGUAGUCAUUUCCAAUAAUGGAUCGUACGUUGGCAAACAUCGGAAGAACCAUAUACCACGUGUGGGCGAUUUCAAUGAGUCAACCUAUUAUUUCGAGGGCGAUACGGGACAUCCAGUGUUUGAAACUCAGUUUGGACGCAUUGGCAUCAACAUUUGCUACGGACGCCAUCAUCCACAGAACUGGAUGAUGUUCGGCGUGAAUGGAGCAGAGAUUGUAUUCAACCCAUCGGCCACUGUAGGCGGAUUAAGUGAACCACUGUGGGGAAUUGAAGCACGGAAUGCGGCCAUCGCAAACAGCUUCUUCACCGUGGCAAUCAAUCGAGUCGGUACGGAAGUGUUUCCGAACGAGUUCACCUCCGGCAACGGGCUGCCUGCACACAAAGACUUUGGUCCAUUUUAUGGUUCGUCUUACGUGGCUGCACCGGACGGUUCUCGGACGCCUGGUCUGUCCCGUGAUAAGAGUGGUUUGUUGGUGGUCGAGAUGGAUUUGAACCUCUGUCGACAGAUAAAAGAUUUCUGGGGUUUCCAAAUGACUCAGCGUUUACCACUGUACGCGGAAAGCUUAGCAAGAGCAAUUAAGCCCGACUACAAACCACAGAUAGUGCGAGAAAACUGA